AAGUAAUUAGCUCGACAAAUAGAGAUCAGAGCAUCUCUAAAUGUACGGUGGCUUACAGAUGGAUCUGAUAGGAUGAGAACAUUUCUAUGACUUCCUGUAUAUUCUUUAAAGGCUGCUGGGAGCUGUCUGACUUGAUUUUUUCGCCGCCCCCUGCUGUUGCUGCCCGAUCAUGUCCGCUUGAUGCAGUUCAUCUCAAAUGAGCUUGGUGUCUGGUGUGUGGGCGUGGGCAUGGCUCCUCUCCUGGCUUCAGGUUCUUCCGACACAACACACCUGCCUGCGAUCAGCUCAUCACUUCCCUCAGCUCAUACACCUGCCAUCCAUCAUCGUCUCUUCAAAAUCUGCCCCCUGAAGGAGGAGAGGUGUAGAGCCACAGCCCUGACUGUCUGCACCUCCUCAUCCUCUCUGCACAAAGCAGCGUUGAGGAAAGCAGAAGUGAGUUACUACAUCAUGUGCAUGAUGGCCAUCACAUUUCUGAACCUGAUUGGGAUUCCCAUGGAGAUAGCGUUUCUGGAUGGGAACAGCGGGCUGGCAUGGGAAGGGUUUAACGUGUUUUCAGAUACGCUGUUCCUGAUAGAUGUGGCUCUGAAUUUCCGUAUGGGCAUCAUAGCAGAGGACGGCGAGGAAGCUAUUCUGGAUAUCAAGCAGAUCCGAGUCAGUUACCUGAGGACGUGGUUCAUACCGGACAUCAUAGCUGCUUUCCCCAUCGGCUACAUUCUGCUGUUUGCGGACUUACAGUACCACAACGACGACAACCCCUCCAAGACCAACAAGAUGAUGAGGAUACUGAUGUUCGUGCGGAUCCUCAGCUUGAUCCGGCUGGCUCGAGUGUCCAGACUGGUAAGGUUCUUCAACGAGGUGGAGAAAGUGUCAAAUGCAAACCUGGAGGUGGUCCGCCUCUUCUUCCGCAUCUUGUCUCUGUUCAUGAUGAUCUUCCUUCUGUGUCACUGGAAUGGCUGCAUCCAGUAUUUUGUCCCCAUGCUGGAGGAGUUCCCCUCCGACUGCUGGGUCCGCAAAGAAAACCUGAUGAAUGCCACUGUGAUCGUGAAGUACUCCUGGGGAGUAUUCCGAGCGCUCUCACAGAUGAUCGCCCUCUCCUAUGGCUCCAUGGACGCACCAACAAAUUACGUUGAAAUGUGGAUCGUCAUGGUCAGCAUGGUGUCCGGCUGUCUGAUGUACACUGUCCUCGUCGCUAACGCUACAACCAUGAUCGCCAACAUUGAUCCAGCGGCCAAGGAGUACAAGAGCAAGAUGAGCCGUUUGGAGCACUACAUGGCCUUCAUGAAACUCCCACCAGAACUACAGCUUCGUAUUAACAACUACUACCAGGCUCGCUAUGGAGGGAAGUGGUUUCAUGAGAAGGACGUCAUGGACACGGUGUCCUCUGCGCUCAAAGAGCAAAUCCUGAUGGUGAUGUGCAGCCGGCUGCUGAGAAAAGUGCCAAUGUUUCAGAGCAGAGACGAAAACUUCAUCAACGCCGUCCUCCUCAAACUGGAGUAUGAGGUUUUCCUGGAGGGGGACGCCAUCGUCCGACAGAACGUCCCGGGUGACCGCAUGUUCUUUAUCGACCACGGCCAGGUCCUCAUGGAGACCGACUCCUACGAGAGGGAGCUUUGUGACGGAGACUUUUUUGGAGAGACAUGCGUGCUGACCAAAGGCAAACAUCUGGCCACAGUGAGGGCGCUGACCGACUGCCAGUGCUUCUCUCUCUCCUGGGACGACUUUCAGGAGACACUGGAGGGCUUCCCAGAUGUCAAGAAGGACUUAGAAAAAAUGGUUCAGCUCAACUCAGACGGUGGACUUGUGUAAGACCAAAAACAGUACAUGGGACUUUUUUACUGUACGAAAAGGACAAGCGAUGGAAAUAUAUCCAGGACGUUUAAUGUGAUGAUGUGAUGGACAAUGAGACUGUGACUCAUGUGGACAUGAGUUGGACUCUUACUCAACGAUGAGACGGACAGUUUUAGAGUAUUUCGAGGGAAUAAUUAUUCAGCAAUAAACAAAGACCUCAACACUAAAGACGGGUCAAACGUGUAAUCUCUGCUUCCUUGUUUAUGUUGCAAUAUAGCAUUGAUGUUUGGAAAGUCAGUGCACACUGUAGUGACUAAACGAGAGAGGAUACGUAAGCCUUAAAGGGAAAUUCUUGUUUCAUGCAACCUAGGUUUUGUUUUCACUGUUUUGGCCAUCAUUCCUGUCAAUAAAAACAACGCUGUUCUCUCUAGGUAAAUUGCUAUGCUCUGGGAGCAUGGUAGCAUUGCUAAAACGAAAGUAAGACUUUCAGCUAAAGGCCUUUGCACACGGAGUCCGUUUUUUUUUCUGCAUUUUUUUUUAUCUGCCAUCUGAAAAAACCUAAGUACAGAAACCUUGCACACUGAUUCCAAUGCAUUUUAUUGUUCUAUACGGUGCGAAAAUUUGUGUGCAAAGGCUUUAACUUUACCCUGUCUCAUCUCGUCACGAAAGCAAAUACAUUAACGUUUUAAUAAACAAACACAACAUGUGCCACUCUGCCCCUCUCAAACCUCCACUGAAAUUUAAUCUCCUUCAUGUUGCCGUGCUCAGUUUCUGGCUUUUCAGACACUAGUGGCUCCUUUAGUAACAUAAUAUUAUGUUAAUCAUAUUGUCAUGUUGCUUAUUACUAAUGCAAUACAAGCUGGAUUUAGUGCUGUGACGCUGUCGGCACAGGUUACUGAUGUAGGAUACUUUUUCAUUUUGCCAGAACGUGUCAUAAUGACAAAUGCCAGUUUGCAUAAAAUCAUGUUUUUAUGCAAACUACAUAAAUAUUCACCAUCUUGUUUGUUGUCAUGCUAACAUCUGCUAAUUAAAGUGGGAUUUAUACUUGUGCAUCAGCUCUAUGCAGAGCCUACGCUGUCGCCUGAACACGUAGUCUAUGCCAUUGUGAGCAUUUACACUUGUGCAGAGGUGUGUCUGUGUCACUCUGCAGUUACACCUCCAAAACACUAGUCGGCAUCAGGGUUUCUGCAAAGUGCUGUAAAGUUUAGUUGAUUCAAAGCACACAUUAAACACACAUUAAACAUGGCUUAAUAGAGACAAUUUCAAACACAAAUCAGCUUCACUAUAACUCGCAGCAUUCACAGACAAACACUUGUGUUAAUCUGGACACAUUUUCCCCACAAAUACAACAUGCUAAUGUUUUCAGCACAAGCCUAUGGCAUUUUACAUUGUAUAAAUUAGCCUAGCGACGAGCAGAGAUUACGUCUACUCAUAUGAAGCCAGGGACUACAGCAACAUUUAACAAUGGUCACGUUACAAAGGAAAUAAAAGCUUCGUUUUCACUGAAGGAAAUGGUUAGCUUACAGAAAUAGACAGGAGGUCUGCGUCACCACGACGUGUAGUUACAUUUCUGGGGAGGUGCACGUCAGGCUACGGUGUAGGGUACGGCUUUGAUUUGAUGCAGAAGUGAUCUCGUUUUUACGGUAUUAAGUUUUACGGGCAUUAAGUCAUAAACCACAGUAUAAGCAAAGGGAAAUUUUGCCCUCAUAAUGGCACUGGAUAAAAAGUCAGGGGAUCACCAAAGUCAUAAGGAUCCAUUGCCUGGGGACCAUGACUGUACAAAUUUUUUUAGAAUCCAUCCGAUAUUUGUUGAGAUAUUUCAGUCCGAACCAAAAGGAUGAC